CUCCUCCUCAGCUGAGAAGUUUGCAGCAGUCUAACAGCAGCGUGUUUCACUGAGAGCAGCAGAGCAAGAGGAGAAGCUUUCUGUCUGAUUUUACUCGCAGCUUCAGAUUUUACUUUGAAUCCGUGUCGUCACUGAUGUCGCCUAACUAGCAGCUGCAAACGGACUGAAGUCUGUCGGAGGUACUGGAAACCUGCAGCGGGAGGAAGAGGAGCAGAGGCAAACUGACUGAAGAAGAAGAAGACAGUCCCGUUGAUAAAGUCGUCAGGAUGAGCAACAACAAAAGCGAGAAGGAGACCGAGCCGAGUGAGUUCACCAACCACGAGGAAGAGGUCCGGACGCUCUUCGUCAGUGGGCUGCCGCUGGAUAUCAAGCCUCGCGAGCUCUACCUCCUCUUCAGACCUUUUAAGGGAUAUGAAGGCUCCUUGAUAAAACUCACAUCUAAACAGCCGGUAGGCUUUGUCAGCUUUGACAGCAGAUCAGAGGCCGAGGCAGCGAAGAACGCCCUGAAC